AUGAGGGAAUUCGGGUCCCUUGGCUCCCCGGCCCUCCUGCUGCCGGUGCUGUGCCUGGGGCUCUGGGCACAGCAGAGCUUGGCACUGCAGUGCCGGGAUGGGGAGAGGAAAAUCAUCAGCAAAGAUGCAGAGAAAUGCUGCCCCAAAUGCAACUUUGGAGCAGGAGGCAACAAUCCAUGCCAAGGCAUUAAGGACCACGACUGCAGGUGUCCCCAGGGCCACAGAUGUGGUGAUGAGAACUGCCAGUACUGCAGGAGGGUGCCAGAGUGUGCUGAGGGAGAGGAGCUCACCAGGAUUGGAGAAACAGAUUUCGUAUUCAAAUGCAAACCCUGUGGGACGGGAACUUACUCUGAUGUGAAGAAUGGCUGGUGUAGGAACUGGACAGACUGUGAGAGAUCCGGGUUUGUGACCCUCAGCCGAGGCAACAGCACCCACAACUCCAAGUGUGGCUUCCCUCCUUCUGCUGGAGAUGUGGAGCAAGUUGCAGCUGCCCUCCCCCCCAGCUCCCUGUCCACCACCAUCCUGGCCAUCCUGACGGCCGUGGCCGUGUUCGUGCUCAUCCUGCUCACCUUCCUCCUGCACUUCUGCAUCUGGACACUGAAGGGCAAAUAUUUCGUAGCUGAUGACGUGGACCAUCACUCCCCUAGGCCGGUGGCGGCGGCGGCUCCGCAGCUCCUGCCCCAGGGGGACGAGAGCCACAGCAUCCAGUUCCCCGAGGAGGAGCACGGCGACAAGGCAGCCCAGGAGAAGCUUUCCAUGCUGUCCCUCAAAGUCUCCAACGAGAUCAGCUAA